AGCUGUUGUUUUGUUUUGUGUUUUCCGAUUUCUUUCGUUGUGAAUGUUAUGAAAUAGCUAAACCUAUAAUUUUAUAAUUUAUGAGUGUACUAAUUGUUUCUUCAAGAAUGAAAGAAUAAUACAUAUAGGACUAUGUAUUUCUUUUAGGUUAUGCAGGAUAGCUAGCGACAAUUAAUCAACCAUGGCUUUAGCGAGCAACGAACCGGGAGAGCUAAAAAUCAGGGAACUGUUGAAAGAGCUGCAUCGACUCAUUGUGCAGACGCAGGAGGAGAGAACGAGGAGCGAACACAAUCUGACAAACAUCGCCAAGACUCACGAGCGAAUGCAGAGCGAAACCAAGAUCUCACCGUACUACAAGUCGAAGCUACGUGGGUUGUACAACACGGCUAUGCAAGAUGCAGAAUCGGAGGCUGAGUGAGUAACGAUAGAAUCGGUCGUUAAUAAUUAAGCAAUAGGUUGGGAUGGAGAUAAGUGA